AUGCCCGCUCAGGCUCCUCCUCCCCUCGAGGGGAAGAAGCGACGUGUCGCCGUCAUGACCUCGGGUGGUGAUGCCCCGGGUAUGAACGGUGCCGUCCGCGCUGUUGUCCGCAUGGCCCUCGCCAAGGGCUGCGAGGCUUACGCCGUUUACGAAGGUUACGAAGGCCUUGUUCAGGGCGGUGAUAUGAUCAGAUCGAUGGGCUGGGAGGACGUCCGGGGCUGGCUCUCCGAGGGCGGUACUCUCAUCGGUACUGCACGUUGCAUGACCUUCAGGGAAAGGCCAGGCCGUUUGCAAGCCGCCAAGAACAUGGUCACUAAGGGCAUUGACGCUCUCGUCAUCUGCGGUGGUGAUGGCAGUUUGACGGGUGCCGACCUCUUCCGGUCCGAGUGGCCUAGCUUGGUCGAGGAGCUUGUCGAGAAGAAGAUCAUGACCAAGGAGCAGGUCGAGCCCUUCAGGCACCUGAACAUCGUCGGUCUGGUUGGCUCCAUUGACAACGACCUUGCUGGUACCGACGCGACCAUUGGCGCUUACUCCUCGCUCGGUGUUAUUUGCGAUGCCAUCGACAAGCUCGACUCUACCGCUUCCUCUCACCAGAGAGCUUUCGUCAUCGAAGUCAUGGGCAGGCAUUGCGGUUGGUUGGCCCUUAUGGCUGGUGUGGCCAGCGGCGCCGACUACGUGUUCCUCCCCGAGAAGCCGCCUUCGGAGAACUGGCAGGAGGAAAUGUCCAAGAUUAUCACCAAGCACCGUUCCGAGGGCAAGAGAAAGACCAUGGUCAUUGUCGCCGAGGGUGCGCACGACAGCAACCUGACCCCUGUCACCCCCGCGACUGUCAAGGACGUCCUCGCCAACAAGCUCAAGCUUGAUACCAGAAUCACCACUCUGGGCCACGUCCAAAGAGGUGGCGAGGCCUGCGCAUAUGACCGUCUGCUUUCGACCAUCCAGGGCGCUGAGGCCGUCAAUGCCGUGUUGGAAUCCACUCCCGAAACUCCUAGCCCUGUCAUUUGUAUCCGUGAGAACAAGAUUGUCCGCGAGUCUCUCAUGGAAGCUGUCAAGCAGACUCACGAGGUUGCCGAAGCCAUUGCUGCUAAGGACUUCGGCCGCGCCAUGAGCUUGAGAGAUGCCGAGUUUGCUGAAUACCACUCUGCGUACACCAUCACCACCGCUGCCAAGCUUCCCGGCCUUACCCUCCCUGAGGAGAAGCGCAUGCGUGUCGGUCUCAUUCACGUCGGUGCUCCUGCCGGUGGUAUGAACGCUGCCACCCGUGCCGCUGUAGCAUACUGUUUGGCUCGUGGUCACACCCCGCUUGCCCUCUACAACGGUUUCCCCGGCCUCGUCAGGCAUCACGGCGACAAGCCUCUUGGCUCUGUGCGUGAGAUCAAGUGGCUUGAUGCCGAAUCCUGGAUCAGCAAGGGUGGUUCCGAGAUCGGUACCAACCGUGGUCUGCCCGCCGACGAGGAGGGCGGUCUCGAGGCCGUCGCGAAGGUCUUUGAGCAGUACAACCUCCAGGCUCUGUUCGUUGUUGGUGGUUUCGAGGCCUUUACUGCUGUCAGCCAGCUUAGGAAGGGCCGGGCCCAAUACGAUGCCUUCAAGAUCCCCAUGACCGUCCUCCCCGCUACCGUCUCCAACAACGUUCCCGGUACCGAAUACUCCCUUGGUAGCGACACUUGCCUCAACUCUCUUAUCCAGUACUGCGAUGUCAUGAGGCAGUCUGCUUCUUCUUCUCGCCGCCGUGUCUUCGUCAUCGAGACCCAGGGUGGUGCCUCCGGCUACAUCGCCACCAUUGCCGGUGUUUCCAUUGGUGCCCUUGCUGUCUACACCCCUGAAGAGGGCAUUGACAUCAAGAUGCUUUCUCGUGACAUUGAUUACCUUCGCGAGACGUUUGGCAAGGACAAGGGCAUGGGUCACUCCGGAAAGAUUAUCCUACGUAACGAGAAGGCCUCGUCCGUCUACACCACCGAGCUGAUCGCCGAUAUCAUCCGUGCCGAGGCCGGCGGUCGCUUCGAGUCCCGUCAUGGUGUCCCCGGCCACUUCCAACAGGGUGGCAAGCCCUCGCCCAUGGACAGGAUGAGGGGUACCAGGUUCGGUGUCAGGAGUUUGCAGCACAUUGAGGCCUUUGCAGGCAAGAGCAAGGACGACAUUGCCAACGACCCGCUCAGCGCGGCCGUCAUCGGUAUCCGAGGCGCCUCGGUGCAGUUCUCUGGUAUGGAGAAGGUCGAGGCCGAGGAGACGGACUGGAAGCACCGUCGUCCCAAGAACGAGUUCUGGAUGGCCUACAAGGGCCUCAUCGACACGCUCAGCGGCAGGCCUACGGUUUAA